GAAGAAGUCCAAAUAGAGCUCUCUAAAGGCCAGCAUCGAACUCCUGAAUUCGGAGGCCACAGCAUCAAUGGGACGCUCUCUUCUCUCCCAUCUCCUUAUCCUCAACAAUACUGCUCCUUGCUUCGCUUCUUCAGUGUUAAGGGGGCCACGAUUAAUUCCUCAGAUUCGUGCUCAAAGUUUCCGGUGCCGUUGCAGCGUUGCCGUCUCCGAACCUUCGGUUUUCGAGAAUCCUCCGACCUCUGUAAAGAAGAGAAUAGUCUCUGGUGUACAGCCAACGGGAUCUAUACACCUUGGGAAUUAUCUUGGUGCCAUUAAAAAUUGGAUUCAGUUGCAGGAUAAGUAUGACACUUUCUUCUUCAUUGUAGACCUUCAUGCGAUAACUUUGCCAUAUGAUGCACCACAAUUACUAAAAGCAACAAAAGACACAGCAGCUCUUUAUUUGGCAUGUGGUGUGGACCCUUCUAAGGCCUCAGUCUUUGUACAGUCUCAUGUUGCUGCUCAUGUAGAAUUGAUGUGGCUUUUGAGUGCUGCCACACCCAUUGGUUGGCUCAAUAAAAUGAUUCAAUUUAAAGAGAAAUCACGAAAGGCGGGGGAUGAAAAUGUUGGGGUUGCCCUUCUAACCUAUCCUGUGCUAAUGGCUUCUGAUAUUCUUCUGUACCAGUCUGAUCUUGUCCCUGUAGGAGAGGAUCAGAAGCAACAUCUUGAAUUGACACGAGAGCUUGCAGAACGUGUUAACAAUUUGUAUGGAGGAAGAAAGUGGAAGAAAUUGGGAGGGCGAGGUGGUCCAAUAUUUAAGGUACCUGAACCACUCAUUCCACCUGCUGGAGCUCGAAUAAUGUCUCUUACUGAUGGCUUAUCAAAGAUGUCGAAGUCAGCACCUUCUGAUCAAUCUCGUAUCAACUUGCUUGAUCCAAAAGAUGUAAUAGCAAAUAAGAUAAAACGAUGCAAGACUGACGCAUUAAGUGGCUUGGAAUUUGACAAUCCUGAAAGACCGGAAUGCAACAACCUUCUUUCUAUUUAUCAGCUUGUUUCAGGCAAGACAAAACAGGAGGUUGCAGAGGAAUGCCAAAAUAUGAAUUGGGGAACAUUUAAACCCUUGCUUACAGAUGCUUUAGUUGCACAUCUACAUCCUAUCCAGGUUCGUUAUGAGGAAAUAAUGUCAGAUACUACUUAUUUGGAUGAAGUUUUGGCCAAGGGUGCUAGAAAAGCAUCAGAUGUUGCAAAUGUUACUCUCAAUAAUGUGUACCAGGCAAUGGGAUUCUUGCGAAGACAAUAAUCCAUGCUGUAUGAAUAAUCUGAUAAGAAAGGUGCCUGCAAUAGCAACCUUGAUGAUGCCUUAUUGGUACACCCAAUACUCUUUACAAGUCAAGUUAUACCUGCCAGUUCACCCCUUGAUGAAGAUAGAGAUAUUCACAAUAGUGGCAGAAGGAGCCCACCGGCAUUGAAGAUGAUCAAGACUUCUCUCACUUAUAAUUCUAAUUCGUGAUCAAAUACAGGUGUUCAACUCUCCAACUGCCUCCUCGUUACAAUCAUAAUUUGUUUCUUAUAUGAAGGUUUGGCAUUGUUAUUUGGAGAAUACACUGCAAACCCCUGAAUGACUAAACUAGGCUGAGAUUUAUAUUUUUGUGCCAAGAUGAGGCUGGAUGUCUGACCACUUGUUACUUUUGGUUACCUUUUAUUGCAUACAUGCCAAAGUUUAUUUGAGUUAAUGUGUCUUAGGUUUUGGUACCAAUAACCUAUUUGGAAACGUUUUGGAAAAACUAAUUAUGGAUAAUGCUAUAUUUAUUCUCU